GCAAAAAAGCCAGCAAAGCUAAUAAGGGCAAAAAAGUAAAUAUAUUUAUAUCCUAACAACAACGUUCACUCAACAAUGGCGGUUUCCUUCUCCGGCAUACCGCCGACGUCGUCGAUCUUCGCGGCGUACGCCUCCGUGUCGGCAUUCAUCAUGCUCCUCCAGGCCAUGUUCCACCAGCUCGUCCCCCGCCAGCUCCAGCACUACCUGCUGAACAAAUUCCACCACCUCUGCAAGCGGCGGCGCCGCAGCUACGCCACCAUCGUCGUCGAAGAAAGAAACAGAAUCUCAACCAACGAGGUCUACUCCGCCGCCGAAACCUACCUCUGCACCAAAAUCAGGCCCAACAUCGACCGCCUGAAAAUCUCCAAGUGCCACCGCGACGCCGCCGUGAGCAUCACGUUCGCCCAGUCGGAGCGGAUCUUCGACCGGUUCGAAGACGUUGACCUAGAAUGGAUAUUCGUGAGCGAAGACAACAGCAGCAACAACAACACCAGCAAAAACGCCUCCAAGGUGUUCGACGAAAAUACCAACACAGUUUUCGUCGAAUCCAACAAGCGCUACUUCGAGCUCCGAUUCGACGGCAAGCACAAAGACAAGGUGUUGGAUUCUUACUUCCCAUUUCUGCUCAAAAGUGCUGAAUCAAUCGAAGAUGAAAAGAGAGUUAUAAAGUUGCAUACUUUAGCCUCUACAUCUGCUUACGGAUCAAUGUACGUGUGGGAUUCGAUCAAUCUCGAACAUCCUUCGACUUUCGAAACCCUAGCUAUGGAGCCGAGUCAGAAGAAAGCCAUUAUCGAAGAUUUGGACAGGUUUGUAAGAAGGAAGGAGUUCUACAGGAAAGUGGGGAAGGCCUGGAAAAGAGGGUAUUUGCUGUAUGGUCCUCCAGGUACUGGAAAAUCAAGUUUGAUUGCUGCAAUGGCGAAUUAUUUGAAGUUUGAUGUGUAUGAUUUGGAGCUUACUAAUAUUAAACGCGAUUCCGAUUUGAGGAAAUUGCUUCUCAGGACCGCGAAUCGGUCGAUACUUGUUAUCGAAGACAUCGAUUGCACAGUGGCGUUGCCCAGCCGAAAGGGCCCGACAGGCGGCCCGAAUAGCCAUGGGCAUUCUCAGCAUCCCCAAAAUCAGUUUACACUUUCAGGGCUGUUGAACUUCAUAGAUGGUCUCUGGUCAAGCUGCGGAGACGAAAGAAUAAUCGUAUUCACAACAAACAACAAAGACAAACUCGACCCUGCUCUGCUCCGCCCGGGCCGCAUGGACAUGCACAUACACAUGUCGUAUCUAACACCCGAAGCCUUCAAGCUAUUGGCCGCCACUUAUCUCACCGUCGAUCUCCACCAAGAUCAACGCCUCUCGGAAAUCGAAGACUUGAUCAAAAUCUUGAAAAUCACGCCUGCAGAAGUUGCGGAGGAAUUGAUGAAGAGCGACGAUGUUGAUACUCUGCUUGACGGGGUACUCGAUUUUCUCAAGCGCAAGUACGAAAACGCCCUUGUAAACGAUAAAGAGGUCGAUAAUGAUGAAGAUGGAGACGAAGAAGAUCGGAAAGUGAUUAGUAAGGGCACCGAUGGAGGUGUGUUUUCGACAUGUGCAAAAUGUGCGAAGAGGAGAACCAGAAGAGGAUUAAUGGAGAGUGGGAGAAGUUGUGGAAUGGUGACAAUGUGAUUUCAUCAAAUGUAUCUAUAUAUAAAUAAAUAUGCUUGCUUUGAUGUUGUUAGGAUUAAUUAAUGACUUUUAGUAUCGGCUAAUUAAUUAGGUUAAGUGUGAUGUUGUGCACUCUUUUGAACA